UUGUAUUCUUGGAAAAUAUAAUGGAUUUGUGACCUAAUUUGAGCAACUCCUUAACUUUUCAAUGAGUAUUUCACUUUAUAUCACAUUUUUUUUAAUUGUUUGAUUAGUUUUCAAGAUUUGAGGUCAUUGCGUUGUGUCUUAUCGACAGUGAAGUGAAUUUAAAAUAAAAAAUGGGUUUUUAUCACAAAAAUUGUGGUGCGAAUGUACAAAAAAAGUGCAUGAGAAAGCUUUUAUUGCUAUUUCAUCAUCUUCUGCAGCUUUGAAAUUGUCAUGUGGGGGAAAAAAAUGUAAGCUUGAAAAUAUGCAGAUCAGUGAUUUGAUUUCCAGUUUAUGUGAAGGAUAGAUUGUAAAGCACUUAUUAUUGAUCUCUCUAAUCUGUCUUCAGGAGCUCAACACCACGAUGUUGUGUGUUUCUGCCAGUGAAACGGAGAAAUAUCGAUAAGUUUAUCAACUCUCUGGGGCUCUUUUUCGCCUUGACGAGAGAGGCUUUCCUCUGACGCCAGCAAUGUGAUCCAAUGAAUUUGACUUUCUGCUGCAAGAGUAUUUCUAUAUGUUUUAAUGUUCGGAAGAUUGUGUUGAGUGUAUGUGAGAAUAUUUUUAAUAGUCGCUCUCACACUUGAUGUCUAAUGAUGGCUGAUGAUGGGAGUGAAAGAGAGGCGGUGAAGCGUGGGGAGUGUAUCAAGUAUUGCUACGUAUAUUUAUCUCUCUGUGUAGUAUUGUCAAGGUCAUAUCAUGUUAUGAGUCUCGAAAAUGUUUUCCUUUUUUCGUACAACCUCCUCAACACUCCCCUCUCAUGCCGCGCGCCUCGUCGCCCAGCUGUGGGUCGUCCGUUGGGAGAGAUUCUGUGCACGCGCGCGUACAGAGUAUGCGUCAUUCCCCACAAGAUGCUUGUCUCUCCCCUAUUGUGUCCCACUCUGUCCCUCUUGGCGCAGCACACAAUAUCAGUGCAGAGUUGCGCUCUCUCGCUCCUGCCCACGGAGUGCCUGGGCAUCGUGGUGUGUUUUUGUUUACACUCUGGCUCACUCCGUGUCCCACAUCUUUUGGCAAAGUGGUGGGGCGCAUGAGAUGAGUUCCUGGCCAAAGUUCACGAUGCGGCGGUUUGCUGUUCAGAAAGAAAGAGAGAGAGAGAGAGAGAGAAAAAUCACACUUUUGCGUGUGCGCCGCAGAGUCAGAAGGAAAGAGGCACUUGAGAUUGAAAAUGCCAUCAGUGUAAAAACACUUUCGCGAAGAAAUCAAAAACAACAAAUUGGCGGAAGAGAGAGAUAGUGAGUUGUGCAGACAGAGGAGGAUAGUGUGUGACAGUGCUGCUGAUUCGAUGUGUGUGAGAGUUAGUGAGGAAAAAGGGGAGUUGGUGUUGUUUACAUUUUUCGUGUUGUUCAGUCACGACGGAGCGAAUUAAAAUGAAGACGUGUAAACAAAUUGAGCCGGAAGACGUGUGUGGGAAAUAUCACUGAAUGAGCAGAUGCACAAGGAGAAUCAGAGAAGAAAAGUGUGAAUUUUGUUGGAAUUGGAAAAACAACACCACUUGAGCUGCUAAUUCGACUGUUAAGAACUUUCUCAAACGAAUCCACAGGACAAAGUGUGCGUGAGUGUGAAAGAGAGAGAAGGGAUUAGAGUGCGAAUUAUUGUGGAAAAUCCCCCGAUUGAGUGUGACUCAAUAUCUAUGACUGGGUGUUGGAGAUUUUUCCAGUGAAAUGAAAAUAUCGUCUCUCCUUGUUGGUGAGAAGUGGUUUAGGUCAGUGAAUAUUUUUCCGUGUUUGUGUAAAAUACAAUUUGGCGGAAUAGUGUGAGGUGGAACUGUUUGUUGUCACACUAUUUCACUAUUUUCCAUCUGACUUUUUUAUGUAUAGUUGCGCCUCUACGAGUGUUUAUGUGUAAACAAGUUGAGAAAAAUAACAACUGAAUGAAAUAAACUCACGUGUUUCAUGCCUCUGUUCCAUAUGAAACACUCAACAGUGAUUAUUUGUUAUUGUGUUUCUAUCGCUAGUGACAAUAUUCAUUGUUAUUUACCGUGGUGAAUUUUGCAAACGCAUAACAGAGAGGAUAAGAAUUUCUGCGGAAAAACUUGUUUUUUAUUUCCUCUUUAAAAACACACACACAUUCUCAAAUAUUGUGCCACUUGAGGAGGAUUUGUUUUGACGUAAUUGAUGAUUCUAUCGAGGAAAUCUGUGACUCUCGAAGAGGAAAAAUGUCUCUCCAUUUUGGAAAGUGUAUCGCCAGAGACAUUCAGUAUAAUGAAUGAUAAUCACAUCUACACGAGCAGCGACUUCUUCGACAGCAAUUCCUCGCAGGGGCGGCUGGUGGUGAAGGUGGAGCCCGGACUGCUGGGCGCCGGCGGCGAUCUUGAGGAUCUCGGGGUGAACAACUCGGUGAAUAGCACAGACUAUUGCGCCAUGGACACGCUGAAGGACAAUCCCAUGAUGACCACCGCCUCGAUGCCGAUUCCGUCGCGCGGAUCAACGCGCAUGAAUUUCGACUUUUCCGACUUUGGCUUCGACUUUGACUCCUCGCAGGACAUCACCAUGCAAUUGAAUCCGCUGAGUGCCACCAGUGCCAGUAUGUAUGCUGACAUGCAGCCGAGCAACUCGACGAUGUGGAGUGAUAUUGGCGCCGCGAUGGUCACAACCAAGACGGAACCCUUUCACAUGGACGACGACGAUAUCUUCCAAGUGGACAAGGCGGACCUCAUUCAGGGUCCAACAUUGGCUGAACUUAAUGAUGAUACGCUUUUAGAGGACCUCAAUAUAGACGAUCUUAUACUGCCCGAGGAGCCGUCCUACAUGAUGGAUGGCCACAAUUUGCACCAGAUGCAAACGGCCACGACCAGCCCGUUGAAUUCGUCGCUGUCGCCGCAGCCGUCGAUGGGGCUGAAUCAGUCGGGCAGUCUGACGUCUGUGGGGAGUCUGCAUCAGCCGCUGACGCAGCAGCUGAAUCUCUUCACCCUACAAUCGCCCACGAUCUCCAUUGGGCGCGACGCCCUGUACGAUGAGCGCACCAACACGUCCUCUAGUCCCUUCGACGCCAACACAUUCACACCAACCAAGUCAAUCAACUCCAGUCUUGCCUUCUCGCCGGGUAGUCAUCACAGCAGCAACUCCUCGCUGCUCCACAACUCGGUCACGCCGCCGCCAAAGAGUCUGAACAGUGGGAAGGCCAGCUCGUCCCACAAGAGAUCCACGCUGCACGAUCUCCUGCGCAAGGACACCUCGCAGAACUCCGUGUCGGUGUCCGUGCCGCGCUCCUCGGGCCUCGUCAUGCCGGGCAAUGCGCUCAGUCCAGGAGCGCCUGGGCCGAGAAAUCGCGGCAUGAGUCAUGUGCUGUCCAACCAGAACUUCCCCUCGUCCAGGCUCUCCUCGUCGGCACCGACACACUUGGGACUGGAGCAGAUCUGGCAGAGGCGAGAGCCGAGACAGCAUCUCCUGUCCACGGGAAGCAUGGCUGAGGCUGGUUCCACGUCCUCCUUGAGCACUGGCGGUGUUCUGAGUCCAGAGGCGCCAGAUUUCUCACAGGAUGAGGGCUAUUCCGAUGACGACAGUGAUCACUAUGAGGACUAUUCCACGGAUAACGAUUCUGAUGAUGACUCAAAGUCCAACAAUCCGGGUGGCAGCAAGAAGGAGCGCUUCUUCUGGCAGUACAACGUGCAAGCCAAGGGCCCCAAGGGUCAGAGAUUGGUGAUCAAGACACACUUUGAGGAUCCACACGUUCUCAAUGAGGUCACAGAUCCUGUCUUCAGUCCUCACUGUUCUGUGCGGGGAAUUAAGCACAGCGGAAAGGCCAGGAAGGGCGAUGGGAAUGAUUUAACGCCAAAUCCACGGAAAUUGAACAACAUUGGGAAGGAGUUGGACAAAUUGGGGAGGAUCAUCAAUGAUAUGACACCAGUGAGUGAGUUGCCUUUCAACGUGAGACCAAAGACGAGGAAGGAGAAGAACAAAUUGGCGUCGCGUGCGUGUCGUUUGAAGAAGAAGGCCCAACAUGAGGCGAAUAAGAUUAAAUUGUAUGGACUGGAACAUGAGCACAAACGACUGAUAAAUGGUAUUCUACAGCUGAAGCAGACCGUAAUUGCGAGAUGCAACAAACCAGUAUCUGAUAACAGUGACGAGACGAUUCAGCAAAUUGACAAGAUUGUCAAGUCAGCGACAAAGGUGAAAAUUGCCGGAACCUCGACGGAGUUUGUGAACAAAAUCCUGGAACGAGUAAAAUUGGGCGACCCAAAUGGUGGUUUGGAUGAAUUAUGAAACAAUUCGCGAUUGUCCCUUGAGAUAGAUUUGUGAAUUUCUUCCCUUUUUUUUUUUAGAAAUGUUUCUUUGUUCUUUUAUUGAGUUUAUAUAUUACCUUUUUUUCUUAUUUGCAUAUAAGGAGAGAAAAGUACCUUUGAUGAAUUGUUAAAGCCAGAAUAUUUGUAAUUGAUUUGUUUUAUACUGUUUUUUUUUGUUUAUGAUUCUUUUUUGUUGUGCCACUAUAAAGUUUAGACGAGUAAUCUAAAGUGAUUGAUCAUUGUCAUGAGAUGAGAAGAUAAAGAAGAACGGGGAAAAAACCAGUUAGGAUUUAAUGAAACCAAAUAUUUUUUUCUACUGCUUUAAGGACGUUACAAGAUAUGAGAUGAUUGAAUAGUCAAGUUUAUUCACUCUAUGCAUAUUUUUUUUGAGUUUAUUCUUUGAGUUUAAGUAUAAACGGACAUAAUGGGCAUCCUUUAAGUUUGUAAUACUUAUGAAAUCGUAGUUUUUGGGCCUAUUGUCGUAAUAUUAGAAGUGAGAAGUGUUUUUUUUAUCUACAUAAUAUCUGUAUAUCAUGUUUGAAGUAAAAAUUGAGUAAUAAUUAUAGUUUUGCAUUAAGAUUUUGCGAUGAAACGUUGGAUUAUUAAGAAACGAUACAAAAAUUGCGAAGAGAGAACGCACCAUUAGUAUGUAGAUUGCUUGAUUAAAGAGAGAGAUUGUCUUUGAGAAAGCUGAGAGAAAUUCUAUAAUAUUUAUUGUAAUAAUUUAACUAUAUUACUUACUCUACUAAAGAAAAAAAAAACAGAGAUAGAGAGAGAAAAUGAAGAAAAACAUAAUGGUAAAGAGAGGAAAAAAUCAUAUAUUUUUGGGGGUGAUUAGAUAUUAAGGAAGAAAAAUAGUUUGUGAAGACAUAUUAUAUAAAGGAUAUAUUAAAAAAUAUAUAAUAUUUUUUGAACGAAUGUUGGUACAAAGAAAAUCACAGAAGGAAAAAAAUGUUAUUUACUAUAAGAAAUGAUGAUAAAAAGUGUCUAUAAUACUUGAAGUUUACUUUAUACUUUAUCAAUUUUUUACAUAGCGACAAACAGUCUUUACAGAGUAAGCAAAAAUAAUAUCAGAAUCAUUCACUAUAUACCGAAGUAAAAAGAAAGAAAGAAAGAAAAAGUGUGGAAACGGCAUGGAAAUGUUUAAAAAAAAAUCUUACUAAUUUAUCUGAUCUGUGAUUCAUUGUUACUAACACAUGGAAAUGAUAUAAUCUAACGAUUUUAUUUCUAAGAUGGCAAAAAAUCAUUCAUUUUGCUUCUUCUCACGAUCGAGAAACAUUGGAGAGUAUUCUCAAUUACACCUACCGUAAUGUCUUACAUUAAUAAUAAUAAAUUCACUGUUGAAAAAAAAUUGUAGAGGCAAAACAUUUACAUUGCAUUGAGCGAAAAGUAAUGUUGAGAUUUACGUACAGCUAAAAAAAAUCCCUCUUUGACUGAUUGUUUAUUGCCAAUUCUUGUUGAGCAUCUAUUCAAGUGGUUUCGGGAAUUAAGUAAUUGUAUAUUGUAAUGAAAAAUAUGUAUUUGAUUAAAAUUUAUUUCACAAGUUCUUUCAAAAUUCCAAUGUAAAAAUAUUCAUUAUUGAUAUUCAAUCAGUCAAAUUGGUGGGAAUUUUCCCUCAAGUUCAACUCCUUUCUCCGUAUUAAUCUUUAUGAAUGGUUGAAAAUAAGUGUAAUUUUGUCAUGUUGAUCCUCUGAAAGUGCCACAAAGAAGUGGUUUAACCUCCUUUUGGGCAACAACACACGUUCAAGCCAGAGAAGAGAUUUUCCGACACAGUGUCUGGAAGUGACUUUCGCCAUAAAACAUGCAUUAAAUAUUAGUCACAAUAUAUUUCUGUUAAACUCUUUGUAAUAACUAAAUGUCUAAUCAAUGUAAAAACUGUUACAUUUGAUGUAAUUCACAGUUCAACGUGUCUCUUAUGAGAUUUGAUGGUAUUUUCGAGAGGUUUUCACUGAUGUUACAGAAUAAAAAAAAGGGGAGGAAAAGAAGAGGACAGAUUGUUGUGUGUGAAAAAAGAUGAAAUUGUGACUAUUUUUGGAAAGCAUGCUGACAAUUUUUACGACCAAAACGCGUAGGGUAGAAUCGGAACUUAAGAUUUCAAAAGCAAAAAGGUUUAAGGAAACAAAAAAGUGUGAAAAACGAAACAAAUAGAAAUGCUAAUAUAUUUUUUAUCAUGUAGAAGUUAUAAAUUGCAGAAAAUAGUGUGUAGAAAUGAUGUUAAAGAUUAUACUAUAAAAGAAGAAGAAAGAAAGAAAGAGAACCUCUCUUAUGUCUUGUCUGUGUAUAAAACAAAAAAAAUAAUUGAUAAAUAAGAAAAAAAAAUACAGAAAAUGAUGUGAGAUAUCUUGCAAAUAGUGUAAAAUUUCACAAUUUGACAGAGAAAAA